AUGGAAGAAAUUGUAGAGACACAACCUCUGUCAAGAAGUCAUUCGGGUGAUACCUGGACAUUUUUUGACAGCGUGGUUAAAGAUACGUGUGGCAGUGUCUCAAUUACUCAUACUCCACUGAAGCUGGAUCUGUACAACUUCGAGGAACCCCAGUAUGAAGGCAGCAAGUUCGUACUGACGAGUCCGCGGUCACUUGAAGCAUGUUCACGGCUGGGGACAAAGCCUGUGGAUCUCUUUUACAAACCUCUGGCAGAGUUUCAGGAGGAACUGCUACCUCAAGAUAUUCCUCUGAGAACCAUCUAUAACAUUUACGAUGAGCAAGAGCAAACCAGACUGAGUCAGUUCAAUUUAGUUUGA